AUGCCUGCGCGCUCACCUCCUCCGACUCCUGUGUCUUCGCCACGCGUGAGUCCCACACCGCCCGGCUCCCCAAAGCAGCCCGACGUGGAUAAACAUGAUGACACGUCAUCUUCGGAGACUGGUUUGAGUCCCUCUUCCGUACCUUUAAGACCCAUACAGCAAAUGGAUUCUGCCCAUCCAGAUGACAUGGAUAUCGAUGACGAUCCGCCACAUUCGGCAGAACACUUCGGCUCCGAUGGACAGGAGCAUAUCAAUGGAGGAGGCUCAAGUUCUGAUAAUGAACAAGAAUGGACUACCGAUGAUUGGAUGGCUGAUAUGCGCCGCGUCAAGGCGCGUUACUCCCCUGUCUACGAACUUGUUGGAACACAAUGGACGGACAGGGGGACUGCUCUGUGCACUGGGAUAUACGAUGAAGAGUCCGACCAAGCCGCCAUCAUCGCUAAAGCAGAGAUUGGAGACACUGAGCUGUUGCGAUCGGAAGUUCGCAUGUCGGAUGUAUAUCAACGUCAACAAGAAACUCUUAUUGUCUGGACAGAACCUGACGGGACUGACUGGGCGCUCAGUUUCCAAGAUGUCGAAGGCUGUACAGAGAUUUGGGAUUUUAUAAUCGAAGUCCAGCGGCAUUUUCGCGGAAAGAACGGGGAUGACUCCAGCUCGUCGCCGCUACCCCCUGGUGCGAGUUCGCAGUCCCGUUUGACCGUUGCAUCGAUUGUGGCAUCAGGACGCUUGCCUGACCCAGCGCUCGGGAUAAUAGGGGAUAUUGACACUGCCAUCAAGGUCAUCGCAAAAACGAUUCAUGGCCGAGAACGAAUAAGCGAGUAUAUUCUAACCGAGGAUUAUAUCAAGCAGCUCAUGGACGUCAUGGAGCAAGCCGAGGAUCUCGAGAGUUUGGGUGACUUGCAUGCUCUGUAUGGCAUCAUGCACACAAUCCUCUCGAUAAACGACCAUGGGAUAUACGACUAUAUUUUGAACGAGGAUGUCUUUUUGGGCGUCGUUGGUAUCCUCGAAUAUGAUCCCGAAUUCCCUUCCUACAAAGCAUCUUAUCGUGAUUUCCUCAAAAAUUCCUCGGAAUAUUUGCAAGUCAUCGAAAUUAGAGACCCGAACAUUCAGCGCAAAAUCCACCAAACGUAUCGUUUACAGUACCUAAAAGAUGUCGUCCUCGCGCGUGUGCUCGACGACUCCACCUUCAAUGUCCUCAGCUCCUACAUAAUGCGACUUAUUGAAACCGUUUGUUCCAGUCCGGAGAUCGUUAAUGCACACAUACCCCCUAAUACCAUUAUUCUUUCUGGCGCGAGAGAACAAGCCCCUUCACCUCCCGCUUCCCCAACUGCAUCUACCAUCCCCCUCUCGCAGGCACAACAGAAUGGCAAUAAUGCCGAAUCCGUUAUGCCAACGUCGUCGUCGAGUCACUCAAUACGGACGUCAAAUUCCAAAGUCGAUGCGCUAAAGUUCAUUCACCAGCUAUGUUUGAUGGGGAAGAACGUCCAGAUUCCAACGCGGAUUGCAUUGUAUCGUGCGCUUGUUGAACGGGGUGUGCUAUUUGCGUUGGAGUGGGCGUUGAGAUUGCCCCCACCUUCCCUCAAGAAGGGGAAGGAAAUCGAAUUGUCUCAGGCUCGAUCUGGAUCGCAAUCUGAGUCUCUUUUGGCGCCAGCGUCGAUAGAGACGGCAGGAGUGGACGAGGAUGCUUGGAUAUCAGACGCAGAUCGGGCUGCGUUGUUAGAUGCUGCUGCGGAGGUUCUCAUUAUCGUAGUCGACCACCAUGUUGCUGGCGUGCGUUCUCACAUUGUGAAGCAAUUCGAGAUUGAAAAGGCUCGGGAACAUGCCACCGCUAUGUCCGCCGCUGGUGGCGCUGGUAUCGGACGCGGGACGAAGGAUGUACCGUUCCGAAACCAGAUCGGGGAUUCGCUUAGGAUGCUUCUGGAGUUGCCAAAUAUGGACGCCCAUAAUGCCAAUGGACCUGAGGUAUGUUCAUUGUCUCAUUUAACACUUCCCUUUGGGCCUUCUGUCACUUUGGUGAGAGAAGAAUAUCAUACUGAUCCUCCUGCUUUCCCUGCUCAUUCAACGGCUCCGGGUAAGAAGACGGCUAUGGUGCUUCGACUGCGCGAAGACCCGAUCAACGAGCAUUUCUUUCCCUUUUUCUACGAUCACUGCAUAACUAUUAUGUUCAGACCAUUGCUCGAGAUUCCGGAGUGGAAGAAACAUACGGGCGAAAUUCUACGGCUCAAUCGCGAGCAGUCAUCUUUGUUUUUGUAUUUGUGUGAUUUACUGUGCACGUUCCUUGUUCAGCACUCGCAUCGGAGUCAGUACUUUGUAUUGUCAAGUAACAUUUCCACGCAUAUUGCCACGCUUCUCCGGACACGCGAAAAGCACAUGCGAUUAGUUGCGCUGCGGUUCUUCCGGGUGUGUAUCAAAGCCAACAAUCAGUUCAUUACUCGGCAUUUGAUAAAGCACGAUAUCUUUCGGUCUACGCUUGAGUUGACGGAGAGAGAAGCUAGUCGUGAUAAUCUCAUCAGUGCUUCGUGUCAGGAGCUAUUCGAGCACAUUCGAAAGGAUAACAUACGUGUAGCUAUUACUCACAUCAUGGACAAUUUUGGCCCGCGAAUUCACGCGCUGGCCGAGCGAUCUGUUGUAGGUCCCAGGUUCAAGGCCUUCAUUACGCGCUGGGAACAAAUCAAUGCUCCUCCGCCGAAGCCCGAUUCUCCAUCCGAACAGGCUAAGGAGCCCUCGACAUUACGAAAAUGGGGUCAAGGCACGCUCGACACAGAAGAGGAGUCCUAUUUCAAUGCGGAUGACGAUGACGAGCACGAGGCCAAGGGCGCACCGUCGUCGCCACAACAGCAGAGCCUCAAGAGAAAGCGGGUCUCAGGUGGUGUCGUCACACGGUCAGAGGCCGCACGCGGCAGGUCGGCAGAACUGACUGGGCUGGUCCGGCAACCAGGUCGCAUUACACUCAACCCUUCCAUGUCGACUUCGUCGCAUACGUCACCCAUUGCUGUACCGCAACCGUAUCCCAUUCGGGGUCUGGGGCUAGACUACGACGAUAAUGAUGAUGAUAUUCCCUUCAUAGAACGACCCCAAUCCCCCAUGCCCAUUUCGCCUCCCCCACGUGCUGCAAGCCCAUCGCCAGCCCAUAAUCCCUUCGUAUCCAAUACCCAAUCCUCCCCCACUUCAGAUCAUACUUCAUCACCUCCCUCACCCUCUGUCCCCACCCCUGAACCUUCACUCCAUAAGCGGCAACGUGGUGGAUCGAUUACUGCGAUGGAUGCAUCUGAGCGAGCAGCUAUAGCAGCCGCUACCAGCCAGGCAGGACGCCGACCCUCAGUCGGUGCACCUCCGCUGAAACGCAGACGGGAUGAUGAUGAUGACGACGAGAUGUCCCUCCUAGCAAACAAAGGUAGUCUUGGUAGACGUCGGAAUCCGAUGGCAGCCAACACGGAUCCCAAGCCUUCCGUUGGUGCAGGUGCCGCCAAAGCCAAACCUGCCACCGAGACUGACACGAAGGACGAUCUCAACGCCAAGCCCCAGGCGAUCAAGGAGUCUUGUCCGACGCCAAAGGAGGCGAAUGACAAACCCGGUGCUGUGAAGAAGAUCAAACUUUCGCUCAAGGCAAAUCUUGGGUUAGGCAACAAAAAGUCACCGACACCCCCUUCACCUACACAAGCAAAUGGAGGGAAGACGAAGGAUGGGGACGAAGGCUGA